AUGGGCGAUUCUGGGGCAAGAAGUAAACUACCUGCGGGUUACAAGCAGGGAGUUUCAAGACCUUUCUACUCCACGUUUGUCGAUCUGCAAUUGCUAAAGAAUGGCAAGGUUUCACGAAAGGACAAACUUUUUAUGCUAAUCCUAGUGGCUGUUGGAAUCAUAGUCCGAGCAUACAAGUUACCCACUCCUCCACGAGCGGUAUUCGAUGAAGUCCAUUACCUAGGCUACGCACUGGACUACCUUCAUGGUGACUUUUUCGUUGAUGUCCAUCCUCCUUUGGCCAAAUUGAUAUUUUAUUGGAUUACGUUAUUCCUCUCUCCAGGAGCGAAUGCUGAUACUCUUAAGGUUGGAGACAAAUUUGAUCCAAGUUUACCUUAUGUGGCCCUUCGUUUGUUUCCCGUGGUAUGUGGAAUACUCGCAAUUGUGUUAUCAUAUCGUCUACUUCGUGUUUCAGGAUGCAGAAGUUGGAUCUCGUUUACGGGAGCCUUCUUGGUAGCCAUUGAAAACUCGUUAGUGACGCAAUCGCGGUUGAUUUUGAUCGACGCUCCAUUGAUAUUCGCUAUCAGUCUUACAGUGUUUGCAAUUCAAAAGGCUGAUUUGGUAACUCCAUUCACGAGGAAGUGGUACCAGUUUAUAAUAGUAGCUGGUUUGGGGCUUGGAGCUGCCAUGUCUAUCAAAUGGGUGGGCUUUUUCACAGCAGCUUGGGUUGCCUGUAUAAGUGUUCUGCAAUUGUGGAAUUUGCUUGGUGAUCUCGAUGUAUCAGACCGUAAAUGGUUUGCACAUCUAGGUGUAAGACUUGGUGCCUUCGUAGCAUUGCCACUUACAAUCUACUGCAGUUUGUUUGCGGUUCAUUUCCACCUUCUUCCUUACGGUGGUCUGGCCUCUGGAAUGCUUUCUCCAAGUUUUCAAGCUACUUUCAAAGACGCUACCCAAGCGAUGCCUGUUCAAGUUCUCUAUGGAAGCACUGUGACUAUCAAGCAUAACAGUUUAGACUUCUAUCUCCAUUCGCACAAUUUUACAUACAAGGGUGGAUCUGGAGAGCAGCAGGUAACUUUGUAUGGGCAGUCUUUUGACGGGAAUAAUGAAUGGAUAAUUGAGACACAAAACAAAACACCUGAGGGAGCUUUACAAAAGGAUUAUAAAGAAGUUAAGGAUGGUGAUGUGGUACGAUUAUACCAUAAAUUUACAGGCAAGUAUCUCCAUGUCAAUGAUGUGAGACCUCCAAUUUCGGAGCAUGACUACUCCAACGAAGUUUCGUGUGCUGGUGAUCGCGAUUUGUUGGGAGAUUCCAACUAUGAGUUCACCAUAAGAAUUCUUGCUAAAAAGUCCCACUCGAAAAACGAUUUACCCAUGAUAAAGCUUCGUGCUACAGAGACCAUAUUUCAGUUGAUACACCGAGGUACUCUGUGUGUUGUUAUGAGCCACAAGGAUAAGCUACCAGAAUGGGGCCACUUUCAGAACGAGGUUCUUUGUGUUGACGAGCCCACGAUUCCUAAUACCAUGUGGUAUGUGGCGUCCAACUCGCACCCACUCACAGAUAACGAUGACAAGUACGAACGGGUACACUAUAAAAAUCUCACAUUUUUUGACAAAUUGUGGGAGUAUCAUGUUGUCAUGUGGAGAGUAAACGCAGGGCUCUCUGGAAAGAAACAUCCAUAUGCGUCGACCCCCGAGUCAUGGCCCUUUUUGACCAGAGGAAUCAACUAUUUUACACAUAGAUCGGCUCGUGGUGGAAAUAACUCUGACGAGCUGGGGCUGCAUAUCUAUCUUAUUGGAAACCCUGUCAUCUACAUUGCUGCUUUCAUCACCAUCAUCAUUGUGGUAUUUUCCAAAGGUCUAUACUUGAUCAUUGCCUUGAAUCCAUUCAAGAUCCCAGAUCAAAAUGCAACCCAAGAAAUUUACCAUCGAAGCAGUUUCCGAUUCUUGAUGGGAUGGGUACUACACUAUUUUCCAUAUUUCUGGAUGACCCGUGAGUUGUACAUGCACCAUUAUUUGGUACCUUUGUACUUUUCGGUUCUUCUACUUGUUCAAUUUGCAGAGUACCAAGUGAGCCAAAGAAGAUGGGUGGGAUAUGCUGUUUUGGCCUCGAUUGUGGCAGGCAGUAUUUACUACUUUAUCAGGUUGCUCCCUAUUAUCUACGGCACUGCGUGGACUCGGGAAGGAUGUCUUGGUGCCAGAGGUAUUUGGGAUUUCGAUUGCAGUGUUUUUGAGUAG